AUGUUGCCGCCUAGUUUGCCGGGGGUUCGGCCGGAGAUUCGGCCACGAAACCGCGCGGCGUCUCUUUGCCGCUCGACGUUCGUCGAUUCGGAGCUCGUAGAAGAAGUGGAACGCAGCGGCGGCUCCGCCGCGAAGGCGGCUGGCAGGAAACGCUUGGCGCCGGUGCCGAGUGAAACCGAUUGGGCGCGCCUGAAAGAUGACGAGGGCAAACUGAACGAUGCCCUUCUGGACUUCCAUCUGGACCGGUUGGCAGUGCUGUCGAGUGUGGCAAAUCGGGUGCACGCCUUCAGCUCCUUGUUCUACACACGGCUGAUGGAGGGCGGAUGCAAACAGGUGAGCACCUGGACUCGAAGCCUUCGGCAGAAAGACAGGAGUGGCAUUUUUUCCAAAGACGUGAUCUUUGUUCCGGCCCAUGAUUCAGUACAGGAACACUGGUUUCUGGCUUUGAUCAUUCAUCCGUGGGCGCCGGUUCGCAUGGUGGCGCGCAAUGGGGAGUUGCCAGCGCCCUCGAACCGACAAACCUUCAUUGCCUUCCUGGAUUCACUCGAUCCCAGGCUUGAAGUGCUUCACAGCGCCAAGGAGCCUUACGAUCUGCAGGCGUUGCAGCAGCAAGCGGCGGGGGCCAAGCAGCGUCAAGAGAAAGCACUGAAGCUCCUGCAGGAGUACUUGAAGCAUGAGUGGCAGACCUGCUUCGCGGGCACGGACACCAACUACUGUGCAGAUCUCAUCCAAGGGAUCUCACUGGAAGUACCUCAGCAGACGAACAUGACUGACUGUGGCAUCUAUGUCUUGGAGUAUGCUCGUCGCUUGCUGGACAAUCCUCGAUUGCUGGAACAUCUCUGUACCCAUCAGGCUUCGCCCCCUCAGCUGAUUGCCCCGGUGUCGCGGUCCCUGCGGCAGCGCUGGCAGAAGCUGGGUGCGCGGCUGGUGGCGGAUGCAGAUCCCAGGAGCAAGGGGGCAAUGGCUGCAAUUCCGACACCUGCCAGAUCAUCGGCAAAGCUGGAAAGUCUGGAAAGUCUGGAAAGGGUAGACGUUGACGAAGUAUUCGAGGUGCAUCAAGGCAUUGAUCUCCCGAGGGGCCUGCCUGUGGACAGCGGUUCACCUGAAGAGAACCUGAAGAUUUUGGACUUCUAUUUGCCACGCCUGGCGAUGAGUAGCAACUCUGCAGAUCGUGUUGUGGCCUACGAGAGUCUUUUCUACCGCCACUUGCUGCGAGAAGACUGGCCCCAGGCGCUGAAGAUGUCCUCGGAGAUCAGGAGAGACAUGGCCGAAGGGAUCUUUACGCGAGAUCUGAUUAUGGUGCCUUUCCAUGACAAGAAUGGGAACUUGUUCCUGGCGUUGAUGGUCCAACCGUGGGCUGCCGUGGAGGUCGUUUCUGCAACGCCGGACACGGCCACUUUGCCGCCCUCCGCCUUCGUGGCCUUCGUGGCUGCUUCCAAGGCGAAGGCAGACCUCCCUGUGAAAUGCCUGGAAAAGUUCCGGGAGUACCUCAAGCGAGAGUACGCUCAAUGUUUUGGCUUGGCCAUGGACUACCACGAGGAGCAAAUCCAUGAGGUGGUGCUGAAGUUGCCUCAGGGCGACAAGAAUCCAACGAUGGCGCUCUUGGAGCUUGCCCAUCGCUUGUUGGAUCCCGGCACUCUGGAUCAUCUCUGCAGCGAGCAGGAGCCCUCAGGAUCUCUGUCGGCACCGCUUCAGCUGCAGGAGAUGAAGCCCGCAGAUUUGCUGCUGCCGGAGUGA